AAUUAAAGAGUGGAACCGAGAGGUCAAUGGUUGUGUGCUUCUGGGUAGAACUUUGAAGUGACCAUGAAAAGAGAAUUAACUUUUAUGUCUAUGCGGCGGCGGCAGCAGACGAUCAUUCCCUUUUCGGAGUAAAACUGGUUUCAUCGAGCGGGAACAAGACUGUUUGAAUGGUGACGACGACUUUAAAAGCAUUUCCUAUCAGCUUGUGUGACGUGUGUGAAUCAAUCAAUAAACCGUGUCUUUUCAGUCAUGCACAUCACCAUGAACCAUCCGCUGGGAUGGCUUAUGAUAGCCACGGUCGCUUUGCUCAUCAUACAUCAAUCCUCAGCGUACACAUCCAAAUACGUUACCAAAGAGAUUGCUCAAGAUUUGAGCAAAGGUUUCAACGACCUAGCCCGAGAUUUGGCUGUACAAAUUCAAUCCGACACCAGCAAAGCGGAAAUCACCUCUCCUCUGAGCAUCGCAUCCUCACUUCUGCUCCUGAUGCGAACUGCUCGAGGAGAAUCCCGUGCCGACUUGUUACGCCUGUUUGGACUUGAAUCCAAAUAUCCGGAAAAUGACCCAAAAAUUCCCAGAACAUUCGGUAAGCUGAUCAAUGAGCUGCUGAUUGAUGAUCGAAACCGCACCAGCAUAAUGGAGAAUAGUGCUGCCUGGAUAAAUGAAAGCAAAUGCGAGAUUCCCACAGACUAUCACUACGACGAUGAUUAUGAUCAGUUCAACCCCCUUGAUGACAUUCCCGAGGACCCACUGCAACAAAAUCAGAUAAAACUAGCCAACGCCAUAUUUGUUCAAGACAAGUUCUACAACAACACUAGACUGCAGAAACUGGUCAACUACUACUAUCGCAGCUCAGUAGAGGGCCUCGAUUUCUUCAACCAACCGGAAGCAUCCAAGGACCACAUCAACAAUUGGGCGAAAAAGAACACAAACGGGCGCAUCCAAGAGAUAAUAACCGAUGAACUGAAUCCUGAAACGACUAUGAUUGUGGCCAACGCGCUGUAUUUCAAAGCUUUCUGGGAGGACGUUUUUCUAGCAGGGGCAACUAAAAUGCGCAAGUUCUUCCCCAAUGGAGAGAAUGAAGAGUCCGUUGAAGCUGAGAUCAUGGCUCACGGAGGAUGUUUCCCAUACUACAGGUCACAAGAACUGGACGCAAGGAUCAUGGGUUUCCCAUAUAAGAAUCGCACUUCCACCAUGUACAUCAUCCUGCCGAAUAACUCCUCCCGAGCGAAAGUACAGCAGCUAUUGCAGGAUCUAGAUGCGUCCACGUUGGACAACCUAAUCUCCAAUAUGAGAAUGACUACGGCUUCCGUUCUGUUCCCAAAGAUGCAUCUUACCGGAACAUUUGACCUGAAGAUAGCCCUCCUAAAGCUGGGCAUGAAAUCAAUUUUCGAUUCAGAGCGAAGCAACUUUUCGUUGCUAAAUCCCUCACAUCCCAAAGAGAGCGCAACCGUAUCGGGGGUGCUGCACAAGGUUGAUCUUGCAAUCGAUGAGUCUGGAACCGAAGGAGCUGCAGUAACGGCCACUUUGCUAGAUCGAUCCAUGCCGACGGUGAACUUCCGCGUGAUUGUACCUUUCAUACUGGCGAUAAGGCAUGACGCCACUAAGUUAUUGCUGUUCUACGGACCAGUAUAUGAUCCAUCGGUUUGAAGUUUUUCAUGUGAAUUCUAUAUAGAACCUAUUUAUUUUAUUAUAGUGUGCGCCGUAGAAAUGGCUUACCUCAGAAUUAAUAUAUAGAUUAAAAACUCAAAACAAUUCAAACACGCUUUUUUUAGACUUCGAUUUUUAGAUGUUACUCUUCACAUACAAGCUUCUUGAAAUGUUCGUACGAAAAUCAUGAGAGUUUCAAAUUGACGGUAAAAAAAUAUAUGUUUGAGAAGUUUA